CAAGUCCAUCUCAAAUGCCCAUGUCUCUUGUUCUUUUCCUGGUGACUGAUAUUACAACACCAACAAAGAGUCACAAUAACUUGCAAAAUAAAUUUUUUCUUUGGGUGGGGGGCAUCCCAUGAAAUGAAUCAUAAGCUUAAAAAUAUAAAAUCUCCCAUUUUUUCAAGACUGUUCUUUUACCUUUUCCCGUGCAACCCAACAUUCCCCAUUCCUCUUAUGCAGUUCCAGAUUCUGAGGAUUCCCCAAAUGCAAUCCCAAAUCCUCACGGUUCAGUCUCCAUCUUGCUUCACCAAUUACCCUCUGUCCAAUUCAAUCGGGAAACCCCAGUUCCUCUUUUCGGCCUCUCGGUUCAAGAUCAAGCCCUAUCCCCCCCUCGCCCUCCGCUCUCGAAGCCGAUUCGGUUCUGCCCGGCCGGCCGCCGCCGCCGCCACCAAGACGACCGGUUUCGUCUCCGAUUCGCGCCAACCCAGUAUCGAGGAGUCGCCGAGCGAAUGGAACGUGCAAGUCGGGAGCCCCAAGAUCGUUCCUUCGUCGCCUGUUGCCAAGCUGAGCUUGAGCGAUCAGGCUUUCUUUCUCUUGGCCUUCAUCGCCUGCACUACUUCUGUUGCGUUCACGAGCCUUGUCGUCGCCGCUGUUCCGACAUUAUGUGCCAUGGGAAGAGCUGCAACAUCUCUUUCCAAACUGGCGGAUACAGCACGGGAGGAGCUACCAAGCACGAUGGCUGCUAUUAGGCUCUCAGGCAUGGAGAUCAGUGAUCUUACCCUGGAGCUGAGCGAUUUGAGCCAGGAGAUAGCUGAUGGAGUGAACAAAUCAGCUCAAGCUGUGCAGGCUGCAGAAGCUGGAAUUAGACAGAUCGGUUCCGUUGCUCGAGAACAGACCAUAUCAAUGAUUCAAGAGAGAGCUAGCCUGCCAAUUAUCUCGUUACAACCUGUUGUUGCAGGGGCUGCAGAGAAAACAUCUCGUGCUGUUGGUCAGGCAACAAAAACAUUCAUCAAUAUGAUUUCUCGAGGUGAGUUCAGCCCAGAGAAUGAGGAUGAGACUGGAAUUGAUAGGGUAGAACUAUAAGCUUCCUAAUUAUCCAUGAAGUGUAUAGAAAAUCAACAUCAGUAAAGAUGGUCUGUUUUGUCGGUUGAAGAUAUAGCAGGCUCCAUAGAAUGUCUCUCCUGUCAUGCUCAGUGGGAAUAAUGUCAAGUGCAGAUUGUUUUCUUCAACCUUAUUUUGUCCAUUGCUCUGAAGAUGAAGGUGAUAGCUCAAUUCACUGCUUACAUAUUCAUGACGGUAGUAGCCGGAGUUAUUCCUGGUUGCCAUUCUUUUGAUACUCAAGUAUGCAUAGAAAACUAUCCUUUGGCUUUA